AUGUUGAAAUUUUUCAUUUAUACAAUAAUAGCUGUGUUGUUGGUUCCGGCCCAAGCUGACAAUUCCUGUUCCUUUAAGACUACGAUCACGGCUGCCUCUGCCGUCUCUGAGUUGAGUUCUUGUUCAACUUUAAGUGGGAGCAUUGAAGUUUCGGGUGAUGAAAUUACUUCUAUAGAUUUGAGCUCUGUCGAGGAAAUUGCUGCAGACAUUGACUUUUUUAAUUCUUCUUCAGUAACAGAUAUCAAUUUAAAUAAGUUGGAGAAAGUUUCAGGUUCUUUGAAGGUUCAAGCCUAUACACAAUUGCAUACCAUUGAUUUUUCUUCUUUGUCUGAAGUUGCACAAUUAUCUUUAAUUUCGUUACCGUCGUUUGCCGUUUUGAACCUUCAGAAACCACUUUCUAAGGUCGAUUACCUAGAGAUUUCGGAUACCGCUUUAAGCUCUUUGGAUGGGUUCAAUUUAGAACAGGCUGGGACUUUUAAUAUUAACAAUAACAAAAAUAUCUCAACCAUUGAUCUAGCUUUAGAAUCAGCAUCUGAGAACUUAAUAUUAAGUUUCAAUAGUGAUGAUGCCGAGAUCAAGUUGGAUAACUUAAAAUGGGCAUCAAACUUGACCAUUCAGGACGUAUCUAGCUUGUCAGCCCAGAACUUGACUUCAGUUAAUGGGACUGUUGUUUUGGGUUAUAAUACAUUUGAAUCAUUAGAACUUGAUAAUUUAGAAAAGGUUGGAGGCUCCUUGCAACUCUUUGCAAAUGAUGAUAUGACUGAAUUUGAUUUCAGUCAUCUAGAAUCUAUUGGAGGAGAGUUACGUAUUUAUAACAAUUCUGACUUAGUGGACAUGGAGAAUGCGUUAAAGAAGCUAAAAACAGUCAAAGGUGCAGUAAAUAUCAAUGGAAAGUUUGAUAACUUUACCUUGCCGGCAUUAAAGGAAGUCGAUGGUGAUUUUACAGUAGCGUCAACUUCAUCAGAGUUCGACUGUAAGGAGUUCGAUUCUUUGCAUAGCAAAAAGAAAAUAGAAGGUCAUAAGUACACUUGCAAACACGGCAAGAAAAAGACAAGUUCUUCUUCAAGUUCGCUGUCAGAGGCUUCUGGGUCUGGCGCCUACGACUCUUCCUCUGGAUCAGAUGGUUCAAGCUCAUCGUCGUCAUCAUCUUCUUCUUCUUCCUCUUCAAAAUCAUCUGAUGCAACCUCUUUAUUCAGCAAAGCAACGAUUUUGUUUGCAGCAUUGGGUUACUCUUUAUCCUUCAUUUUGUAA